AUGUUCCCAUUUCUAAUUGCCAUGUCACCCAGAAAAGGUAUCAUAUUCUCCACUUUAAAUCUUUAAAUUUAUACUAAAAUCUCUUCUCUAAAAUCAACAAUCAAGUAACUUGCAGACCCGGAGCAACGCGCCGGCUCGAACGAGGAGGAGAACUACCAGAAAAGAGUCACUUCUUCCGACGGUUUCGCGUCGAGUUCGCACACGGACGGUAUCAAAAUGGCCGACGACGAAGAGGAGGUCUUCCAAAAAGUGGAGGUGAAGCCCGACGAGUUCAACGGACUCAUCGGCUCGAUCGCCGGAAAUCUCAUCAGGGAAAAGGUUGGUUUUUUUUCGCAAAUUUUAACCAGAAAUUGAACGUUUUCAUCAACUUUUUGCAGGUCGGUGGUCCGGGCGGUGACAUCCUGGCCGGUCUGGCCGGAAACUUCCUCGGCGGAGGUGGUGGCGGCGGCGGCGGUGGAGGUGGCGGCUUCGGAGGAUUCGGCGGAGGAGGUGCGUCCGCUCUUUCCCCCCUAAUUUCUCGAUUUCCCUCACCGUGUGGCUCCUUGUGUCAAUUCAUUCGUUGUCCACGUCUCUUUCUCUAGAAGCUCUAGGCUUUUACCAUAACCCCGCCGGCCAACAGUAAUCCCCUCCCACAGGCGGUUCGAACAACGACUACUCGGGCGGCGGUGCUUCGGAUCAACCGAAACGAAAGCGUGACGUGGCACGUGACAUCGUCGGCGGAAUCUUCGAUAAUAUCGUACAUCGGAAGGACAAGAAAGACACGGAUGGCAAUGGUAGAGUGCUGUUUUUUGUUAGUUCUUUUUGUCCCCUAGGAAUCUCUAGUAUUCUUUCGUCUUCGUCGUUUUGUCCUGUCAGUUCGCAUACACCCUCACUUUCUUCGUUGUGCACAAUAUCAGUUGGAAAUGUCAGGCGGCCGACAAGCACCUCCGCAGAACACGGGCGGCGGCGGACUCGGAGACAUCCUCGGCGGACUUUUGAGCGGCGGUGGCGGCGGCGGCGGAAUGAAUCAACGGGGCGGAGGAGGACAGAAUUACGGUCAGCACUACUUUGGUUAAGUUCGGCUUUGGCAUCCAACAACCACUAAUCAACCGCAUGAGACUUGUGAUUCAACUGUUGUGAUUGUUGUUCAGGUGGUGGUGGUAGUGGCGGAGGCGGAACGAACAUUGGAAGUCUCGUCGGAUCACUCAUUGGUGGCGGCGGAAAUACUGGCAGUGGAGGCAUGUCUCGCAUGAUUAGGAUUUGAUGGGAAUGAGAGUUUUCUGCAUGAAGGGUUUGACUGCAAAUUCAAAAAAGUUUGGUGUUUGCGUACACAAACCUAUUUCAGAAAUUUUGGUUUGAGUCUGCAUACACCGAAGUGGCAAAAAGCGAUUAAUCUGGUUUUAAAAUUUGACGGAAAUUUUAACGUUUCGUCAAUUCGCGGCAAAGCUGGAGGUUGUAGAUUUUCUUUCAAAAGUUUGGAGUUGAAUACUUUAUACCAAGAAAAACCUGAAGUUUGUCUUAACCUCGUUUUUCCAUUCUAUUCUAACGAGUCCCCCGAUUCCGAUCUUUCGUCGACUGCAACAGUUCUAUUUUAGGCGGCGGCGGCAACUACCAGGGCGGCGGCGGCAACUACCAAGGUGGCGGAGGCAAUUCCGGAGGCGGAGGUGGCUUCAACUUGAACGACAUUGGUGGAAUCAUCAAUAGCAUCAGCGGAGGCGGGGGCGGCGGAGGCCAACGUCAGGGAGGAGGUGGAGGCACCGACUUCGGAAGCAUCCUCGGCGGCAUCGGAUCGCUGAUCGGCGGCGGCGGUGGCGGACAGUACAACGGCGGCGGUGGAAACGUGAAUCCGAACAAUCUGAACGGAGGAAUGGUCGGAAUCAUCGGAAACCUGAUCGGAGAGGCCGCUCAUCGAUUCCUGGGAGUCGAUCCGAGCACCGGAAGAAUCAUCGGAGCAGUCGCCGGAAAUGUGAUCAUGGGAUUGGGCGGAAAGGACAACUCGCUGGGAAACAUCGGAAAGGUCAUUCUCGACAAUAUCAUCUCCGGCAAGUUCCGCAGAGAUGUCGAUCCGUUCGUGCGUCCGGGACCGGAUCCGGCGAGAGGCGGCGGCGGAGGCAGCGGCCCCAGCCCGAUCGCGCCGAGACCCACCACCGAGCCGCAGGACUUCUACGAGCUCAGAGACCAGUGCCUCGCGAGCAAGCGGCUCUUCGAAGAUCCGCAGUUCCUCGCCAACGACAGCUCGCUGUUCUUCUCGAAACGCCCGCCAAAGCGUGUCGAGUGGCUGCGCCCCGGAGAAAUCACCCGCGAGCCGCAGCUCAUCACCGAAGGACACUCGCGAUUCGAUGUCAUUCAGGUAAGCCCCUCUUAGUCGGUAUCAUCUCGCUUCUAAUUCACUUCUAAUCAACAGGGAGAACUCGGAGACUGCUGGCUGCUGGCCGCCGCUGCGAAUCUGACUCUGAAGGACGAGCUGUUCUACCGUGUCGUGCCGCCAGAUCAGUCGUUCACCGAGAACUACGCCGGCAUCUUCCACUUCCAAUUCUGGCAAUACGGAAAAUGGGUGGACGUCGUGAUCGACGACCGUCUGCCGACGAGCAACGGCGAAUUGCUGUACAUGCACUCGGCGAGCAACAACGAGUUCUGGAGUGCUCUUCUCGAGAAGGCCUACGCAAAGUUAGUACAUUUUUCGCUAGAAAUGUCUUUCAAUAGAUCCUGAUGCUCUCGUUCCAGACUUUUCGGCUCGUACGAAGCGCUGAAGGGCGGUACGACGUCGGAAGCGCUCGAAGACAUGACGGGCGGUCUGACCGAGUUCAUCGACCUCAACAAUCCGCCGCGCAACCUGAUGCAAAUGAUGAUGCGCGGCUUCGAAAUGGGCUCCCUCUUCGGCUGCUCGAUCGAGGCGGAUCCGAAUGUGUGGGAGGCGAAAAUGUCGAACGGACUGGUGAAAGGACACGCCUACUCGAUCACGGGCUGCCGAAUUGUGGAGGGACCGAACGGACAGACGUGCAUUCUGCGCAUCCGCAAUCCGUGGGGCAACGAGCAGGAGUGGAACGGCGCGUGGUCGGACAACUCGCGCGAGUGGCGCAACGUUCCCGACUCGGUCAAACAGGACAUGGGACUCAAGUUCGACCACGACGGAGAGUUCUGGAUGUCGUUCGAGGACUACAUGCGCAACUUUGAGAAGAUGGAAAUCUGCAAUCUCGGACCCGACGUCAUGGACGAGGUGUACCAAAUGACGGGAGUCAAGGCCGCCGGAAUGGUUUGGGCCGCCAACACGCACGACGGAGCAUGGAUUCGCAACCAGACCGCCGGCGGAUGCAGAAAUUAUAUCAGUGAGUAGUUUUUUGUUCAUAUUCCAGAAUUACAAGCGAGAGAUCCGAACGAAAGACGAUUUUCUGAUUAUGAUUGCGCAUCGCGCCUUGUUUAACAAAGCUUCUCUAAAAUUGCCGGAAAAUAUUUCACUAAAUUGUUCGAGAAUUACCAAAAAUUACCACAAAAAUCGUUUUCCAGACACGUUCGCCAACAACCCGCAAUUCCGUGUCCAACUGACCGAUUCGGAUCCGGACGACGACGACGAACUGUGCACUGUCAUUUUUGCGGUCAUGCAGAAAUACAGGUACACUUUUUGAGGCUACAUCACAUUUUCGAAUCUUUUUAUUCAGACGUAAUUUGAAGCAAGACGGACUGGACAACGUGCCUAUCGGAUUCGCCGUUUAUGACGUGAGAAAUCAGAGAUUUUAGGAUCUGAUAUGCCUAUUUUUAAAAAUUGCCGCGUACCGGUGACCGUCAAGGGUCCAUGCCAAUUUUUAAAAAUUGUCCUACAUUUGGCUUUUUUUGAAUGGCGGUUAAAAACAGAAGUAUAAGCUCUAUCUAAUGACAUAAUAAUCUGACCAACUAAAAAAAUUUUUGAAGCCCCAUGAUUAUAAUGGAAAAUGCAUAUUUCUUCAAAACUCUGUUUAUUCGAUUUUUGAGUUGCUUCGGUUGUGGAGAGUCAUCAAAUGUGUAAAAAUCAUCAUGAAACCUCGUUUGACCCAGAUAAUCGACAAAAAAAAACCCAAAAAGAUUUUAUGGCAUCAUUCCCUAGUUAGAUAAGUAAUUAGACAGUUAAUUUUUCAGGUGAACAAUGUAAGUACAACGUGAAAAUGCCGGUAAAAUUGUGCUGUUUUCCACUAGAAAGCUCAUCCGCUUUUUUUCUUAGUUUUCAAUGUUUUCACAUGUGUGCCGUAUUUCAUUUCGUAUAUUUUUAUAGACUGAAAAACUGUGACGUCACUCUAACCACAACGUGUCUAGAGCUUGAUUUCUGACUCUUUUCCCCCCAAUGAUUUUGAUAUUUUUAGGCCGGAAGAAAUAGCGGACGCCUCAGCAAACAGUUCUUCGCCGCCAACAAGUCGACGAUGCGAUCCGCCGCGUUCAUCAAUCUCAGAGAGGUAUUCUAUAUUCGUAGACUGCAUUUCCACUUUUCCCAAUUAUUUGUCAAUAACGAAAAGCUUUACGCUGCCUAAAUCCCACAAUAUUUUACGCCCAUCUCUAGCCACGAAAGAGUAUGUGUGAAAUUGCAGAUGACGGGUCGAUUCCGCGUGCCGCCCGGCAACUACGUCAUCGUUCCGUCGACUUUCGAGCCGAACGAGGAGGCCGAAUUCAUGCUGCGCGUCUACACGAACGGAUUCAUCGAGUCGGAGUGAGUUAAUCGACAGAUUCGACCGAAUGUCAAAAUUUAUGUUUUGCAGGGAACUCUGA